AUGUCACCUCGCCAGGCCAAGGGAGCUGCUAACAAGCAAACUGAAUCAAGGAAACGCAAAGAGCCACCUGGCCAAUCAAAUGGCGGCGCGAAGAUCCCAACAGCAAAAAGAGAGUUCAAGCGUAAUAAAACACUGGAUGCGCGAGUUAUUGUAACUCAAAACUCAGAUGCGGCGUUAAAGAAUGGUGAGUUAAACGUGGAAUCAUUCCUCGCAGCACGCGAAUUUGAGAUACAGGCUCUCCAGAAUAGUAUUCAAAAGUCAAAGCGAAGCCUAAAUACUAAAGCACUUCAAAGAGUUCCCAGAAGUAUGCGACGAAGAACUGCGAGUCACAAUGUUAAGAGAGUGCCGAAACGACUGCAAAAACGGGCAGAAAAAGAGAUGCAGGAUGGGAAUACACCAACAGUAAGGGCUGGCAAGCGAAAGCCCCGCAACUCACGAGCUCACUUACGUGCCGAAACAGCCAAAAGACUAAGGCUCUUGGCAGCGACGAAGAGGUCCUUCACGAACUCGGAGGAAAAGACUCCGGGUAUAAAAACGCGAGAGCCCCGACCGAAGCUGCAAAAAGAUAAAUUGAAUCAGCCGCCGGAGCCUAAAUCCAAAUUCAGAAAGAGACAAAUUCACAAAACAUGGUUGCCAACUCAUGUAUGGCACGCCAAACGUGCUAAAAUGACUGAUCCAAAGAAACCGUUGUGGAGAUUUGCUAUACCAAUAUCGCCCACUGAAAAAUCCUACAGACCCACCCAUCGAGCUGGGAGUGCUAGAGGUGCGAUAGCUUGGGAUAUGAGUUACACAAGUACAAUUUGCUUGGAAGGUGGUGAAUCUGAGUUAGAAAAUGUUUUGAAGGCUGUCGGGAUCACUGAACCGUGGCUCUGGAAUGAAAACAAUACUAAAUGGAAAAAUGGUACAAAAGCCUGGAAUGGUUGGUUGAUACGACUGAUCGAAGAAAAAAGAAUUCUUAUAGGUCUUUGUACUGCGCUUUGGUUCUCCCCAGCACCUUGUAUUGGGCCUGAAACAUCACAAAAAGAUUCAAAACGACUCUGGAAUCGAGUCCUCAUUCGUCUACAUCCUUCUGCCUUUUUAGAAGCAUGGACAGAGCUCCUCAGAUUGUCAAAACUACAGCGACCUGUAGUGCAAAUCCAUGAUCUUCGGUUUGAGGUUGGAAGCAUUGAAAUCACAGGCCCAGGAUCUACUGAGGCUCUUUUGGGAAUUCUCCAUCCACACAGUAGUUGUCAAGCUUCAGAUAAGAUACACGCCGAGACAUUUACAUCGUUAGCUGGGGUUACCAAUCCGAGCGCACUACCGCCUGGAGCUGUCUUGGCAUUUUCUAUUUUAGAUCCCCGAUUGCGGUACCCGGCACGGCCUGUAGACCUUCCAUCCGCUACAGAUGAAGCUGCCAACUUUAAUCUUUUAAAAAUACUCUCUGCAUGGCCACCUGGUACUUGCACUAGCUCUUCAGCUCUCCUGGACCCAGAUGUUCGAUUCAAGGCUACCCGUCUACCAAGUCAGAAAGCGCUCAAUCGUCGUAAAGGCCUAGCUCCACCUGGCUCAUAUCCUGCGCUAACAGAAAACGACCCGCCUAUACCCGUUAUUCUUCUAGCAUCCCGGCCCAACCCAUCUGUGUCUACCCAAGGGACAUGGACCCUACUUGCGCCUUGGAAGUGUAUACUCCCAAUUUGGUACGGCCUCGUACAUUAUCCUCUUUCGACUGGUCAAAAUAUACGGUUUGGUGGUCUACAAGAGUUACGACAAAUACAUUUUGAGCGUCGAAUCCCGUGGUUCCCUGGCGAUUAUCCUGGAACAAAGGCAGGCUUCAGCUGGGAAACUCAGGAGAGAUUGGAGAGACACCAGGACUGGGCAAAAAGGCCGAAAGGAAAAAGAGUCGAAUGGAGCUCACUUGAUCUUGGGAAUAAGCGAAAAGGUGAAGUUGGACUUGGAUGGUCUAACGAUUUUGAAUAUGUCCUACAAGCUAGCCUUUUAGGAGAUGAUAACUCGGUAGAUAAAGACGUUAAUUCAAACCCUAGCGCAUCAUUGCCCGUCGAGCACAUCACGGGUAAAAAUUUUACAACCAUACUUUCAAAUCGCAAACUAGUGACACCACCUGCUAAUAAAAUUGCAACUGUACAUAUCACUCUACUUGGUCGGGGCGUAGCGACGGCUUGUGCCCGAAUCUAUCGUUUACCCCGUCAGACAACAAAAAAUACUGAUAUCUCUUUGUCGGGCACUCUACCUGCUACAUUAAGAGAACAAUGGCUCUCAUUAUUGCCGAGCAAAUCCAAGUCCAAGUUGACUGCUAGUUCAAAAGUCAGGCUUGCUAAUCGAAGUGAGCGAAUACCAUUAAAUGUACCGCUUUCCAAGCGAGUACAACUAUUGGCAAAAUCUCUUCUUCAAGAGCCACCCUUACCUUAUCCGUGUCAAGGGGAAAAUAAGGGUGUUACACCGUUAGUGCCUGAUGUAGAGGAUCUUAUUGGCUUCGUCACUACGGGAGAAUUCUGUCUGGCAGAUGGUGGGGGAACCGCCAUGGGAAGCCUCCUCGUUAGCAGAGCUCUAGAGGGUGCAGGCUUCAGUGGCUCAAAGCCUGACCAGGGUGCUCGACUAUGUAUUGUGAGGAAUGCGGGUGAGAACGUGGCUCGGCUAGCUCGUUGGGAGGUUGCUAACGGAUAA